UCGUUACAAUUAUCGUUGUUAUUUACGCGCGACGACCAUGCACACCCCGUACACUCGCGAGGGGUGACCUAGUGUGCCUGUUGUUGCACGGCCGACGAUGUUUUUGCGAAAACGCCGACCGGAUCGGGCGGACGCGCCCCGCGCUACGUUUUCCGUUCGUUUCAAAACCGCGCGUAAUCCAUGGCGGGACGGUUUUUAAAAAAAAAAAAAAAAACGCGUUCGGCAAACGCCUCCAGCGGGAUGUGACGUUGACGCGUGCUGUGGCGACGAACGUUUCCCUCCAAAUCGGCCGGACCGGUCUCCGAACGGUCACCGGAAGAGAAAAAAAAAAUAUAUUAAAAUAAAAAAACCCCAGUACUCCGACGACCCACCGCUGGCCCCGGCCUGUGUUAUCUGUUCAUUUUCCUCAUGUCGCGAUCGAGUGUUAACGAUAACCGACCGCAAUACCGAUCGUCCAAACAUUACUAGUAUUAUUAUUAUUAUUGUUGUUGAAUCAUAUUCCGCCUACCGCUUUUUGGUGCGUGAUAGUGCACUGCGUUUGAACAGCGCGAACGAUCGUUCGACCGUAAAAGGAUUUCCGUCCGUGUUCGUUUGUAUAUUAUUUUUUUGGUUUUUAUUUGGUUUUUUUGUUGUAUUUUGCUUUGCGUCACUCUUUUCACGUGUUCCUGACGGGACAUCGGCAUCGCCGGACCGCUUUCCCGCAACGAUCAAAUGGUAUUGAAUGGUGUCACGACCUUUGGCCAUCUAGACUAAUGGAAAAUCCAACUAAAACUAAACUCACAACUAGUGAUCUUAUUGCUGCAAGGAAAAAAGAAUUUUUGGAAACAAAUAUGAACAAUCGUAAGAUGUAUGAUCAUGUUCAAGAUAAUUUCAAAAAUGCUAGAAGUUUUAUUGAAAAAAUAAUUAAAAAAACUGGUAUUAUAUAUGAUGAUCAGUUUAGUAAACAUUUAUGUUAUUGGGAUCCUAACUAUAUUGAAAAUCCACAACGAUAUGAAUCAAUCAUAAAAAGGUGUAAUGAGUUAGGAUUGAUUGAAAGAUGUACUAAAAUUCCAUGUCGCCUUGCUACUAACGAUGAAUUGUUAAUGAAACAUACACAAGAAAUCAUUGACAUGUUAAAAUCUACUGAGGAUUUGAAAGAUUUUGAACUUUUAGAAGCAUUAUCUUCUAAGUUUGAUGCAAUUUACUUUCAUCCCAGUACAUACAAACAGUCUUUAUUAGCAACAGGAAGUUCGAUAGAACUUGUUAAAGCAAUAUGUGAAAACAAAAUACAUAAUGGAAUGGCUUUUAUCAGACCUCCUGGACAUCAUGCUAUGAAAUCCGAAUUUUGUGGCUAUUGUUUUUUCAACAAUGUAGCAAUUGCUGCAGAAUAUGUUCUUCGCCAUUACUCGGUUUCCAAAAUUUUAAUUGUUGACUGGGACGUUCAUCAUGGACAAGCUACACAACAAAUGUUUUAUGAUGAUUCAAGAGUACUAUAUUUCUCUAUUCAUCGAUAUGAAAAUGGAGAAUUUUGGCCCAAUUUACGAGAAAGUGAUUGGGAUUAUACUGGUAAUGGUGAUGGUCAAGGUUUCAAUAUAAAUGUACCUCUAAAUGCUACUGGUAUGAGAGACACUGAUUACCUUGCUAUUUUUCAUCAACUCUUAUUACCAGUUGCCUCAGAAUUUCAACCUGAUCUUAUUUUAAUAUCCUCUGGUUAUGAUGCUGCAUUAGGAUGUCCAGAGGGAGAAAUGGAAGUAACACCUGCAUGCUAUGCUCAUUUAGUUAAUUCUCUUAUGGGUCUUGCAUGUGGUAGAGUUGCUGUUUUUCUUGAGGGGGGCUAUUGUAUUAAAUCUUUAGCUGAAGGUGCUGCUUUAACACUUAAAUCGUUACUUAAAGAUCCAUGUCCUUUGCUUGACAUGACUAGCAAUCCGUGUAUUAGUAUUGUGCAAACAAUACAGAAUGUAAUUUUUGCACAUCAAAAAUAUUGGAAAUGUUUUCAAACGGACUACAUAUUAAGUCCAACGUAUAAGGCUGUAUCAAUGUAUUCAUAUGAUGGUGAACCACAAAGUGAGUUUCCAACUUCUGAUUGUUAUCCACUUCAAGAUACUACAAAAAUUGAUGAAUUUUCAGUUCUUCAGCAUUUAAUUUCUGAAACUGAAUUGUUAAAUAUAAAGAACAAAGUUUGUGUUUCAUUUGAUUUGAUCAUGGACCGAAAACACGUGAGCAGCGAAAGUGGACAUCCAGAAUGCCCAGGUAGAAUAAGUGCAAUUUUAAAUAUGUUCAAUGAGUUUCAAUUGACACCUCGGCUUUUAGUUUUACCAUCUAGAGAAGCUGAAGAGAGUGAAAUACUCACUGUGCACACUAAAGAACAUUUUAAUAAUAUGGCCAAUUUAUACAAAUUAUCGCUACAAGAAUUAAGUUCAUUAGAAAAAACUUUUGACUCUGUAUACUUGACUCCAGAUACAUAUAAAGUUUCAACACUUGCUUCUGGGUGUUUGUUGCAAGUAAUUGAUUCUGUUAUGAAUAAUGAUAGUGCAUCAGGUGUGGCAGUGAUACGGCCUCCUGGACAUCAUGCUGAAGAUGAUUUAGCUUGCGGUUUUUGUAUUUUUAAUUCUGUGGCUAUUGGAGCAAACUAUGCUUUAAAUAAGUUUGGUCUUAAAAGAAUAUUGAUCUUGGACUGGGACAUACAUUUUGGUAAUGGCACAAUGAAAACAUUCUGUUCAGACCCAAGAGUCCUGUAUAUAUCAAUUCAUCGUUAUCAUAAUGGAAAAUUUUUCCCGAGUACCAAAGAUGGGUCCCAUAAAGUUACUGGCAUAGGAAGUGGAGAAGGUUAUAACAUUAAUAUACCAUGGAACAAAAAUGGCAUGGGAGAUGCUGAGUAUAUGUCAGUUAUGCAAAAUAUAAUUUUACCUGUAGCUUAUGAAUAUUGUCCUGAACUUGUUUUAGUAUCAGCUGGAUUUGAUGCUGCUGUAGGAGACCCACUUGGAGGUUGUAAAGUAACACCUGAAUGCUUUGGACACCUCACUCAUUUACUAUCAUCAUUGGCAUAUGGAAAAGUCAUACUUGCCUUAGAAGGAGGUUACAACAUAGAUGCAGUCUCAUACUGUAUGACAAUGUGCACUAAAGCUUUACUUGGAGAUCCAUUACCACCUUUAAACUUAGAACUUCCCAUUUGCAAAAAUGCUCAAAGAACAUUGAAAAGAGUCAUCAAGGUACAGAAAAAAUAUUGGUCCUGUUUAAAUGUUUUUUCUUCUGAAAAGAAAUAUAGAAAUUCACUUAGUGUUAAUGAUUGAAUGAAUAUUUGUAAUUAUUUUGUUGAUAAAAUAUAUUUAUAACAAUUAGAAUCUCUUUAAUUUAAGCCAAUCUUAGAGAAUCUAAAUAUUUAU